UAGACGCAGAUAGUAAUAUUUCCAAGUUAUUCAUAAGCAAAUUAAUGCAAGAUCUGGAAUCGAUCGAUAAUAAAUGUGGUUCACAUAUAUUGAAUCAAGCAAAAGAAAUAUUUUCUGAUAUAUCGGUCAGCAUAAAUAUUCUUAUUGAUAAGCUAAUUGACCUUUUAAUUAAAACUCACGAUGAAGGAAAUAAUUUUGACGAAACAAAAAUUUUUAUUAGUCAAUGUAUACAUUUUUCAAAUCAAUCUUUAAAUGAUAUAUUUGAAUGGCUUGAAAAUAAUCAAACAAAAUCAAAAUACCUAUUUUUCCUAGGAUAUAUUCAACUUAAUUUCAAUAGGGAUGAAGCUGAAGCAUUUAGUUUAUUCUUAAAAGCGGCAGAAGAUAAUUAUCCCAUUGCACAAGUAUAUUUAAGUAUAUGUUAUAAGGAAGGUUUUGGAAUUACUAAAGAUAAUCAAUUAGCGUUUACUUGGUUAAAAAAAUCUGUAGAUAAUAUAGAUAAUAUCAUUUAUGGACAAUUAAACCUUGGAAUUUAUUAUGAGAAUAUUGAUAAAAACUUGAAAGAAGCAUUUAAUUGGUAUCAACAAUCAGCCGAUAAUGGAAAUUCAAUGUGA